AUUUUGCAAAGAUUGGUUACAACUUUACACUGUUUAUUUACCUGUUGUGGUUAUCAAGUGUGUCAAGGUUUAUAACGGGUAUUUAGAUAUGAUAAAGAGAAGGUAUUUUAAACAAAUUGUUUAAAAGUAGGAACAGGACAGUCAUGGCGGAUACUGAAGCGUACGAUUACCAGUUUAAAGUUUUGGUCAUUGGUGAUGAAGCCACAGGGAAGACAGCGCUGUUAAAUAGAUACGCAGAAAACUCCUUUACCGAGGUAUACGUCUCUACAAUAGGAGUUGAUUUUCGAAUUAAGAGUGCCAAAUGUAAUGGAAAGACUAGUAAAGCUCAGAUAUGGGACACGGCCGGCCAACAAAGGUUUAGAACUAUAACUUCAAGCUAUUACCGAGGUACCCAUGGUGCCAUAAUUGUCUUUGAUGUCACAAACCGGUCAACAUUUAAACGAGUAGAAAACUGGAUCACUGACAUAGAGCACUACGGUUCUGAAUCCGUUCAAAAAUUACUUGUUGGAAACAAAUGUGAUCUUACCAAGAAGAGAUGUGUGACAACCGAAGAGGCGAAAUCAAUGGCAUUGAUAAACAACAUGAAUUAUGUAGAAACCUCGACAAAAACGAACACUAAUGUGGAAAAUGCUUUUGAAACACUUUAUGCUGAUAUAUUCAAGAAGGUAUCUCAACAGGCAUCUCAACAGGUUGCACCACCGGCAAAUAUAUCCAGACUGGAUGCAGAGGGCGUGGUUAGCGAGACAGGGGUCGUGGCUAGCGAGAAAGGGGGCGUGACUGUCACGACAGAGUCUGUUGCUUCUGUGAAUUCAGAGAACAUCCCGCCAUGGGCAGAAGCAAUUAUGAAAGCGAUGCAACAGUUUAAUACCAGACUGGAAAAAGUAGAAAAACUUGAAAGUACUGUUGCAAAGAUUUCUAAGCGACUUGAAGAAGUAGAAAUUAAAAUGUCAAAAUAUGACUCAAAAUCUGCACAAACAAAAAGUACAAAGCCACAUAAAUGAUAUAAGUAACAUAUAUGUAUGUAGAAAAUCAUUCGAAACGACGCAAUUUUUUUUCUUAAUUAGGGUAGUUAUUUUUGCAAAAUUAUAAAAGGUCAAUAAUAUAUACCCUUUAGAAACUUCCUUUUGUAUGGUCAUAUAUUAUAAUGGUUUAGUAAGUGCAAAUAUCUUGAAUGAUCAGGAGCCGUAUUUGUUUUUAAUGAAAACAUCAACCUAAAUUGGA